AUGGAGAAGAAGCGACGGGCGCGCAUUAAUGUGUCGCUGGAGCAGCUCAGAUCGUUGCUAGAGAAACACUACUCGCACCAGAUCCGGAAACGCAAGUUGGAGAAGGCAGACAUACUGGAGCUGAGCGUCAAGUACAUGAAAAGCCUUCAGAACUCGGUGCAAGGGCUCUGGCCGGUCCCCAGCGGAGCCGAGUACCCGUCGGGCUUCCGCGGCUGUCUACCGGGCGUUAGCCAACUUCUGCGGCGCGAAGAGGAGGGCGGCGACGGUCUGCGCUGCCCCCUGGCGCACGAGCGCGCGGGUGGCAGCACCAUGGACAGCGCCAGUUCCGGCCCCGAGGCGCCCGCGCGGCGCGGCCCCGGCGCCCCCCCAGUUUGGGUCCCUGCUCCGGCCGCCGCCGGCUCGCGGUCCCCGCCACCCCGGCUCCUCUUCUCUGGAGGUCUCCCCGGUCAGUCCACCGGCAUCCCCGCGCCGCAGUCGGCGUCUCGCCGCUUCGCCGAGAGCCCGGGGCCGGGGCUGCGCUUGUGGCGGCCCUGGUGA